CGAAAUGUCAACGAGGUGAAGGUUGUUUGGCCUGUUUAGGCACGUGUGUUUUCUCACGAAUUUUAUCUGAAAGAAGGGAUAAAGACACUAACGAAAACAAUUCUAAACGCACAUUCUUUCCAAUUCUAGUUCAUUCAUUACAUUCACUUUGAUUUUCCUAAUGGUUUCUAAGUGAACAUCUAAAGAAUGUUGAAUAACAACCGACGAUAACAACAGGAACCAGGUCACGUCAACACAACUGUCGUCACUCAAAUCAUCCUUAAUUUUUAGAGCACACCGGAUGGAGAGUGUGUCUGAAAAGGUCCUCUGAUAAGGAAAGUGACACGUCAUCAUUAUAAGACCAAUAUAAGUAUAGGCAAGUCGAUAGCGGACUUAGGAAUUCUUGGUUCGCUGUUUUGAGACGUUACAAAGCUUGUAUCAUCGACUCGUGGUCAUAUAUAUCAGUCAGUUGAAGUGCGUUUUUGUAGUCGUCUGCUUCUUUUUGGUAUACGAGGGCGGGUCACUGACCACUUAUGCGGUGGGUUUUGUUGUGACGAAAAGAUGAAGAGAUUUUUUGUGAUCUUCGUGUCAAUACUGGUUCUAAGAACUUGUCUGCCAGCAGAACAGUCUCAGACUCGUUCAGUAUUUCCAGACAGAAGACGUCCACCAGGUCUCAAGUCGCCACGAAAGUGUUGGUGGGCCAAAGAAAUUACCCCAGAUUUGCACGUUGGCGGACGCCCAACAGAGCGACAAAUAAAGUAUGCAGCAGAUGCUGGAUUCAAAAGCAUUGUCUCACUUUUUACGUAUCCUGACGAUGAACCAACAACAACCUUUGGCGGAGACUACUUGCCUAGAACAUCAGAGGCCAGAUAUAUUUCCGAAGUAGUUGCAGGUUUGAAAUAUGCAAACUUGUUGGAGCCCAUGGAUGAGUGGGCUAGUGCUGAAGCUGUCCAGAAAAUGACUAAGAUUCUGCCAACACUUCCAAAGCCUGUUUACCUACAUUGUGAUCGGGGGUACACCAUCACCUUUGUAACAUUGCUUUACCUAGCUAACCAGACCCGUCACAACCCAGACUUUACCCCAAGAAUUACCAGUGCAGACUUUUAUAAUAUUUCAGCUGCGAUGGGAUUAGAUUUUAUAUCGAGGAUUCCACAAGAAGUGGUUUCAGAAAUCACUGGAGAACCUGUACCAGAAAAUCCAACACGGCCAGAAGUUGAACCUGAAGAUUGGAUGGAUUAUUGGAUGGCUCAUCCAGCCUACAAAAACUGGUUCACUGCAGGUCAGAUCACAAAGUCCCACAUCAGUGUCUUAGAGGAAGUAGGGUUCACAUCUGUCAUCAACCAGCGAUCAGGGAUCAUGCUGGAUGGAAAGCCAAACCAAGAGGAGGUGAACUUGCUCAACAUUCGACAAAAUACUGGCACAUAUGCCCAUGAUGGGAAAGAGCCAAGGCAGUUCAAAGGACGAUUGGAGGAAACAAGGAUUGACCCAAAGAGGCCCAACUAUUUCAUCAGCCCUACAUCAGAAGUCAAUUAUGAGAGUCGAAAUUAUGAUGAAUUUGGUGAUGACAUAGGUUAUCAGGAACUGACUGAGAGACUAACAUUUAAGUCAUCCAAAUUGCAAUAUUAUCAUCUUCCUGUUGAUUCAGAAGGGCCAUAUGAAGCUUAUGUAGACAAAGUUAUGAGCCAGUUUUUGGAAAUUGGAGGCAAGGGUCCAGUUCUAGUACAUUGUGCCAGUGGCGCGCGAGCAGCGUAUGUAGCUGUGCUGGUGGCUGCAGUUCAGUAUGACAAAGACUUGGACUGGGCAUUACGCAGAAGCCGAGAGCUGGGUUUUGGGGUGUCUGGAGAUCAGACACCUGAGAUUUAUGACACAUAUUACAAAUGGCUGGUUACAAAGAGGCAGAAGAAAGAGGAAUUAUAGAAAGUAAAAGCUUUUUAAUUAUUUAUUCUUCAUGUUUUUAUACUAUUGUCUAUCUCAACACUAUGUCACAAUGUUUAUCAAACAAGGCGAUAGACCAGCUUAUAAGCUUUUUUAUUUGUCAUAUUAAUCAUUAUUGUUAUUUUGAUUUGGUUACUAUCUUUACAGACAUCAGGUCUCACAUUCAUUGGCAAGAUUAUUAUAAGGAUGUCUUUCAGGGAAAAAGGCCAUAUGUUCAGUUUGUUUGACUGAUUAUGAAUGAUGAGAAUUUAUCAUCUUGCUAUGAAAAAAGAUAUGACUGUAAAACUGCUCAAUGUUCAUAUGCAGGUAUAAGCGUGCGCACGCACAAAUAUAUAUAUACAUUUAUAUGUUGUUUACAUCUUUCCAAAGAUCUGCAAUUGUUCUUGUGUUUGUAUUACCUUUAUUUUGAAGCAUGAUACUGAUGAAAAUUGUUUUUAAAUAUAGUGGUCCCAUCCAUUAGAAGAAUAGGGCUUAAAUGACCCAGUUUUUCAGAGUCAAACAUUGUGCAGACUCCUUCAACAUCCAUCUGUCUUUCUUUUGCACUCAGCACAUGCCAUCUACAUGCCAUGAGAUAAUACAAAAGUUAUAUAUAAAUAUAUAAAAAUAUAUAUUUGCGUAUGCAACUCUGAGUGUGUUGUGAAUUAGCAAGUCUGAUUGGAAAGUGCUUAUACCUGAUAGUAAGUUCACACAAAAGGGGCAAAAAACUUCUAGACUCCUAUUGCUUCCAUACUUUUAUUUGUAUUUUUCUUCUGGGCAUUUCAGCUGAACCAAAUUUAAGUAUUUGCAAAAGGACUUCUGGAGGUAAUCAUACUGAGUAUCCCUCGAAAUGAAGAGAUUAAAGCACCAUAUGUAAGCUAGCAACCUCGCAAAUCUAGUAAUGCCAUUCCUUAUGUCUCUGUUUCAUUGCCACUUGACUCAUCAAUAGAAAAUCAUGAAGCACUAUUUGCUGAAAAUGUGUGAGAACCACAUUCCACCUUCUUACCAUUUUGAACUGUUUAACAGCAUCAGGACUUUUAGGUACAAGCAGUGUCUGCAUUCUUGCCUUUCCAUGCAUGAACAACGUGCCUAAAUGAAGAUUUUUUUUCACCUUUUGGGUCUCUAUAUCUAAAGUGCUUAUUGUGGGUUUUUACCAUUAGAUGGUCAUAGUUGCAUGACUGGUUCAAGAAAAAACUGACACAUUCACUUCUUUCUUUUUCUACAAAUUUUUAUCUGGUUCAAUUUUAUUUGAUUCAGUUUGUUAAGAACUUUACGCCACAAUCAGCCACAUGCCAAAAGAUUUCUUAUGUUGUUGUCAUUAAUUUGUUGACUUUGUUUUAAAGUUACUGUUGUGAGUUGUUUUGUUAAUAUAGCUUUAUUACAUUUGGGAAAAAAAGACUUUCAGUGUUUUUAAAAAGAAUUUUCAGCAAAAAACCAAUUUAAAAACAAUAACUUUCACUUCCUCUAUUCAUAUAGCAAGUUAGUACAAUUUUGUGAUAAAUGCAGUGAUAACAAUCAUUUCUUUUUACAUCCAACAUAUUUUUAUGACCUGCUAAAGAGUAAAGAAAACAAUUUGAAAAUUGUCGGGAGUUUCGAUGGGGUAGUUGAAGCAACCAGUUAUUUGGGCAGAAUCAUGAGCAUGUUUGAUCUUCCCAUUGUUACAAUCUGUGUUUAUAUUUAUUGUGAAUUGAUAUUUUAGAUCUCUUGUGACUGAAUAUGUUUGCAUGAGGGCUGACACAGAGGUUGAUGAAAAAAGAUCACAAUUUUGUUGUUUUAAAUGCAAUUUUGGACAAUAUUUUUUAAUUGUGGAAGAAACCUUUUUAACAUUAAAUAUUUUCAUUGAGAUCCCACAAUUUUAUAUUGUUUCAUGAUGAAAAUAUAUCAAGUGAAAAAAGUAAGAUUUGAUAGGUUUUACAGGGUACAUGUUAAAAAAAACUUAAAAUGAAACAUUGUAGCAAUGCUUUACAUACAACAUGCCUACUGAUAUAAUCUUUCCAUGUACUAUAAAGGAUAUGAAUCUUUAAGGCUGGGUACAGUGUUUGUUUGUGUAAGAUGUCAUUAAAAUGAUUGUAAGAGUGGGUUGUCUUUGUCAUCAUGGGUUUUGGCAGCUAGUCCUGUGUGCCUAUUAGUGAAACUGAACAUUAUUUUUUUAUUUGUAUGGUCAUAUGUCAAGCAGUUCAUUGUUCUGUGUAUGUCUGCUUUUAAGAAAGUCACAGUUUUAAAAAGAAAGUUGAAAAUAGAGAAAAAUGCAGUUAUGUAUCAUGGCUUAUGCUGGGAGAGGGUUGUUGAUGAAUACAAAGUUUACAAAUGUUCUGUGGUGUGUGAAGCAGUUCAUAACUUAUACCUGCGAUUAAUUCUGUCAACGUAUACCUAACUGAGAAAUAUAUGGUGCUGGUACUUUAUACUU